CGCCCCGGGACAGGGGAGAUGCUGGAGCCUGAACCCUGGGGGAUGGGGUCUGAAGGCAGCCGCCGAGAUUCAGAUGAGAUUGGCGCAGUUAUGAACGUGAUAGCAGCCUAGCAUACUCUAGAAAGAAAAGAUGAAAAGAGUCGGGUGGAAGAGAUGCAGCGUUGAGUGGAAGCUGCGAACAUGAUGGGAUGAGCGGCCCUAGGAUUAUGUACUCACUGCUGAACUUCACAGACAGCGAUCCCCAGGUGUUUCAUUUGGUUUAUCAGUGUUUAAUUUGAUGAAUGCCAUCAUGGGAAGUGGCAUCCUUGGCUUAGCUUAUGUUAUGGCUAAUACCGGUGUCUUUGGAUUUAGCUUCUUGCUGCUGACAGUUGCUCUCCUGGCUUCUUACUCGGUCCAUCUUCUGCUUAGUAUGUGUAUUCAGACAGCUGUAAUAUCUUAUGAAGAUCUUGGACUCUUUGCAUUUGGAUUACCUGGAAAGUUGGUGGUGGCAGGCACCAUAAUAAUUCAGAAUAUUGGAGCUAUGUCAUCUUAUCUUUUAAUUAUUAAAACAGAGCUUCCUGCUGCUAUUGCAGAAUUUUUGACUGGAGACUAUAGUAGAUAUUGGUAUCUUGAUGGACAAACACUACUAAUAAUCAUAUGUGUUGGCAUUGUGUUCCCUCUUGCACUUCUUCCCAAAAUAGGCUUUCUUGGCUACACAAGUAGUUUAUCAUUUUUCUUUAUGAUGUUCUUUGCUCUUGUGGUAAUAAUUAAAAAAUGGUCCAUCCCUUGUCCUCUGACAUUAAAUUAUGUAGAGAAAGGCUUCCAGAUUUCAAAUGCUACAGAUGAUUGUAAGCCAAAGCUCUUUCAUUUCUCCAAAGAGAGUGCUUAUGCCUUACCAACCAUGGCUUUUUCAUUUCUCUGCCAUACCUCAAUAUUGCCCAUAUACUGUGAACUUCAAAGUCCUUCAAAGAAAAGAAUGCAGAAUGUUACCAAUACAGCAAUUGCUUUAAGUUUUCUCAUUUAUUUUAUAUCUGCACUCUUUGGGUACCUCACUUUUUAUGACAAAGUGGAGUCAGAAUUACUAAAAGGUUAUAGUAAAUACUUAUCACAUGAUGUUGUUGUCAUGACUGUGAAGUUAUGCAUACUAUUUGCUGUGCUUUUGACAGUCCCUCUAAUCCACUUCCCUGCCAGAAAAGCUGUAACAAUGAUGUUUUUCUCCAAUUUUCCAUUCUCAUGGAUUCGCCAUUUUUUGAUCACUCUAGCACUCAAUAUUAUCAUUGUUUUACUUGCAAUAUAUGUUCCUGACAUUAGAAAUGUAUUUGGUGUAGUUGGUGCCAGUACAUCAACAUGUUUGAUUUUUAUAUUCCCAGGACUAUUUUAUCUUAAACUUAGCAGAGAGGAUUUUCUCUCAUGGAAAAAGUUUGGGGCAUUCGUUUUGCUCGUCUUUGGAAUUUUGGUUGGGAAUUUUAGUUUAGCACUCAUCAUUUUUGAUUGGAUUAAUAAAUAAAAGAAAUAUUUUCCUACUUCUUACAAGAAUAAUAUACCCCUAGAUGCAAGAAUGAAUUAUUCCGGAAGACACCCUGGAUGAAAAAUAACAUUUUAAUAAAAAUUAUUAACAGAAAAGCAGAACAAAAUGGCAGUGGGUAUGGGGAAGUAAGAGUGUAGCAGUUUUAAUCAAAAAAAGAAACAAACUCGAAAUGCCCUUAAAUAUAUUGGGUUGAUCUUUUGUUUUUUAAAUUAAUAUUUUUAUGGUAGUUUUAUGUUUGCAGAAAUACUGAACAGAAAGUACAGAGUUCACAUAUACCUUUUUACCCCAACAUACAGUUUCCCCUAUUAUUAACUCUUGCGUUCAUGUGGUACAUUUGUUACAUUUGAUGAGCCAAUAUUAACUAUUAUUAUUAACUAAAGUUCAUAGUUUACCUUAGGUUUCAUUCUUGGCAGCCACUAGCAGCCACUGAUUUUUUUUUUAACUUUUAUUUUAGGUUCAAGGGUACAUGUGAAAGCUUGUUACAUAGGUAAACUCGUGUCACGGGAGUUUGUUAUACAGAUUAUUUCAUCUCCCAGGUAUUAAACCCAGUACUCAUUAGUUACCUUUUCUGCUCCUCUCCCUCCUGCCACCCUCUACCCACCAGCCCCAGUUGUUUUUUUCUUUGUGUUCAUAAGUUCUUACUAUUUAGCUCUCACGUAUAAGUGAAGACAUGCAAUAUUUGGUUUUCUUUUCCUGUGUGUGUUUGCUAAGGAUAAAAGCCUCCACCUCCAUCCAUGUUCCUGCAAAAGACAUGAUCUUAUUUUUUUAUGGCUGCAUAGUAUUCCAUGGUAUAUAUAUAUAUACCAUAUUUUCUUUAUCCGGUCUGUCAUUGAUGGGUAUAUAGGGUGAUUCCAUGUCUUUGCUAUUGUGAAUAGUGCUACAGUGAACAUUUGCGUGCAUGUGUCUUUAUGGUAGAAUAAUUUAUGUUCCUUGGGGUAUAUACUCAGUAAUGGGAUGGCUGGGAUGAAUGGUAGUUUUGCUUUUAGCUCUUUGAGGAAUCACCAUACUGCUUCCACGAUUGUUGAACUAAUUUACACUCCCACCAAAAGUGUAUAAGUGUUCCCUUUGGUCCACAACCUCACCAGCAUGUUAUUUUUUGACUUUUUAUUAAUAGCCAUUCUGACUGAUGGGAGAUGAUAAUCUCCUUGUGGUUUUGAUUUGCAUUUCUCUAAUGAUCAGUGCUACUGAGCUUUUUUAUGUGCUUGUUGGCAGCAUGUAUGUAUGUCUUCUUUUGAGAAGUGUCUGUUCAUGUCCUUUGCCCACUUUUUAAUGGGGUGGUUUUUCUCUUGUAAAUUUGUUCAAGUUCCUCAUAGAUGCCGGAUAUUAGACCUUUGUUGGAUGUAUAGUUUGCACAUAUUUUCUCCUCUUCUCUAGGCUGUUUGGUUUUUUUUGCUGUGCAGAAGCUCUUAAGUUUAAUUAGAUCUCAUUUGUCAGUUAAUUUUUGCUUUUGUUGCAAUUGCUUGGUACCUUUGUCAUGAAAUCUUUGCCCAUUCCUAUGUCUGGGAUGGUAUUGCCUAGGUUGUCUUCCAGGGUUUUUAAAGUUUUGGGUUUUACAUUUAAGUCUUUAAUCCAUCUUGAGUUGAUUUUUAUAUAUGGUAUAAGGAAGGGGUACAGCUUCAAUCUUCUGCAUAUGGCUAGCCAGUCAUUCCAGCACCAUUUAUUGAAUAGUGAGUCUUUUCCCCAUUGCUUGUUUCUUUCAGCUUUGUUGAAGAUCAGAUGGUCAUAGGUGUGUGGCCUUAUUUCUGGGUUCUCUAUACUGUUCCAUUGGUCUAUGUGCCUGUUUUUAUACCACUGUCAUGCAGUUUUAGUUCCUGUAGUCCUGUAAUAUAGUUUGAAGUGGGUUAAUGUGAUGCCUCCAGCUUUGUUCUUUUUGCUUAGGAUUGCCUUGGCUAUUCAGGCCCGUUUUUGGUUCCAUAUGAAUUUUAAAAUAGUUUUAUCUAGUUCUGUGAAGAAUGUCAUUGGUAGUUUUAUAGGAAUAGCAUUGAAUCUGUAAAUUGCUUUAGCCAAUAUGGCCAUUUUAAUGAUAAUGAUUCUUCCUAUCCAUGAGCAUGGAAUGUUUUUUCAUUUGUUUGUGUCUUCUCUGAUUUAUUUAAGCAGUGUUUUAUAAUUCUCAUUGUAGAAAUCUUUCACCUCCCUGGUUAGCUGUAUUCCUAGGUAUUUUAUUCUUUUUGUGGCAAUUGUGAAUGGGAUUGUCUGAUUUGGCUCUCAGUUUGGUUAUUGGUGGUGUAUAGGAAUGCUAGUAAUUUUUGUACAUUGAUUUUAUAUCCUGAAACUUUGCUGAAGUUAUCAGCUCAAGGAGUUUUUGGGUGGAGACCAUUCUGGAUAUAGAAUCAUGUCAUCUGCAAACAGAGAUAGUUUGACUUCCUCUCUUCCUAUUUGGAUGUCCUUUCUUUCUCUUGCCUGACUGCUCUGGCUAGGAUUUCCAAUACUAUGUUGAAUAGGAGUGGUGAGAGAUGGUAUCCUCGUCUUAUGCCAGUUUUCAAGGGAAAUGCUUCCAGGUUUUAUCUAUUCAGUAUAAUGUUGGCCAUGAGUUUGUCAUGGAUGCCUCUUAUUAUUUUGAGGUAUGUUCCUACAAUACCUAGUUUGUUGAGAGUUUUUAACAUGAAGCAGUGUUGAAUUUUAUCAGAAGCCUUUUCUGCACCUAUUGAGAUGAUCAUGUGGUUUUUGUCUUUAGUUCUGUUUAUGUGAUGAAUCACAUUUAUUGAUUUGCAUAUGUUGAACCAACCUUGCAUCCCAUAUAAGUGUACUUGAUCAUGGUGGAUUAACUUUUAAUGUGUUGCUGGAUUCAGUUUGCAAGUAUUUUGUUGAGGAUUUUUGCAUCGAUGUUCAUCAAAGAUACUGACCUGAGGUUUUCUUUUUUUAUCGUGUCUCUGUCAUGUUUUAGUAUCAAGGUGAUGCUGGCCUCAUAGAAUGAGUUGAAGAGGAGUCCCUCCUCCUCAAUUUUUUUGGAGUAGUUUCUGUAGGAAUAGUACCUGCUCGUCUUUGUACAUUUCCACUGAUCAUUUUACUGUCUCCAUAGUUUUGUCUUUUCCAAAAUGUCAUAUAGUUGCAAUCAUAUAGUAUGUAGCAUUUUCAGACUGCCUUAUUUCAUUUAGCAAUAUGCAAUUAAGUUUCUUCUAUGUCUUUUUGUGGCUUAAUAGCUCCUUUCUUUGUAGCACUGAAUAGUAUUCCAUUGUAUGGAUGUACCACAGUUUGUUUAUCCAUUCACCUGUUGAAAGAUCUCUUGGUUGCUUCCAAGUCUUUGCAAUUACAAAUAAAGCUGCUCUAAGCAUUCGUGUGCAGGUUUUUUUGUUUUGUUUUGUUUUGAGACAGAGUCUUAAUCUGUCACCCAGGCUGGAGUGCAAUGGCGUGAUCUCGGCUCACUGCAGCCUCCACCUCCUGGGUUCAAGCGAUUCUCAUGCCUCAGCCUCCCCAGUAGCUGGGAUUACAGGCACCCACCACUAUGCCUGGCUAAUUUUUUCUAUUUUUAGUAGAGAUGGGGUUUUACCAUGUUGGCCAGGCUGGUCUUGUACUCCUGACCUCAGGUGAUCCAUCCGCCUCGACCUCCCAAAGUGCUGGGCAUGAGCCACCAUGCCCAGCCCCUGUGUAGGUUUUUAUGUAGACAUAAUUUGCAGCUUAUUUGGGUAAAUACCAUGGAGCACAGUUCCUACACUGUAUGGUAAGAAUAUAUUUAGUUUUAUGAGAAAUUGCCAAACUACCUUCCAAAAUGGCUGUAACAUUUUAUAUUCCAGAGAGCAGUAAAUUAGAGUUUCUGUUGUCUUACAUCCUCACCAGCAUUUGGUGGUAUCAGUGUUUUAGAUUUUCACCAUUCUAAUUGGCAUGUAGUGGUAUCUCGUUGUUUUAGUUUGCAGUUCCCUAAUAUGAUAUUGAGCAUCUUUUCAUAUGCAUAUUUGCCAUCUGUUUAUUUUCUUUGGUAAAGUAUCUGUUUAGCUCAACUCUCUUUUGCCUUUUUUUUUUUUUUUAAAUACUGGGUCUUGCUAUGUUGCCCCGACUGGAUUUAAAUUCCUGGGCUCAAGUGAUCCCAGUGCCUCAGCAUACUGAGUAGCUGGGACUGCAGGCACAUACCACCAUUUUUUAAUUGUUUUCUCAUUGUUGACUUUUAAGCAUUCUUUUUAGAUUUUAUAUUUCUGGGGUUUUGUUUUGUUUUUUUGAGACAGAGUCUCGCUUCCGUCACCCAGGCUGGAGUGCAGUGGUGUAAUCUCGGCUCACUGCAACCUCUACCUCCUGGGUUCAAGCAAUUCUAGUGCCUCAGCCUCCUGGAUAGCUGGAAUUACAGGCGCACGCCACCGCACCCAGCUAAUUUUUGUAUUUUUAGUAGAUAGGGUUUCGCCAUGUUGGCCAGGCUGGUCGCAAACUCCUGACCUCAAGUGAUCUGCCCGCCUCAGCCUCCCAAAGUGCUGAGAUUACAGGCGUGAGCUACCAUGCCCAGCCAAUUUCUGUUCUUUAUAUGUGUUUUGCAAAGAUUUUUUUUUCCCCCAUUUUGUGGCUUGCUGUUUUAUUCUCUUAACAGUGUCUUUCAAAGAGCAGAAGUGUUUAAAUGUUCUUAAAUAUAUUGGGUCAAUCUUUUGUUUGUUUUAAGAAAUCUGUGUAUUAAAUUUAUAUACAAAAUUGA